AUGCCUGCUCGAGUCGCCGCCCGUUCGAAUUCUGCGACAACACGCAGGUCGUCGGCCCAGCCUUCAGCAUCGGGAAGAGCUGGAUCUGCGACACCCGCCGCAGUUAUUAUUCCCGAUGAACCGCCUUUGCCUGAAACGUCGCCGAACCUGCGUCGCGAUGUUUGUUUGAUUUUCGCCGAUGCCCAGCGCUCGACAACCGGACACAGAAAAUUAGUAGUACGACUCCGAAAACUUCAAGAAUUCAGCUGUGGAAUCGCCCAGAAGAAAUCGAAAAAGGACAACAAAGAGAAGGAUUCUCAGGAGGAGGUCGUGAUCCCUAAUGAAGAAACGUUCCCGGAGACGGAGUUCAACGUGGAAGUUGGCCGGUGUUUGCUGCGCAUUCUGCCCAUUAAGAAGUCAGAGCCCGUCGGCGAUCGAAUUUUGCGCUUCCUUGGUACCUUCUUGACGCAUGCAUCGGAAAAGGAUGCCGAGAUUUUUGGUUCCAUCGACGACGAUGGAAUGCAGACUGUUGGGGAGACUCCGACUUCGCGUUUGGCAACCAGGUUGACCGCUCUGGUUGUACCCCUGCUCGCAGCAAAGGACAAGACAGUUCGUUUCCGUGCCACACAGAUUGUUGCGCACGUUGUAAAUUCCCUCGACGCUAUUGACGACGAUUUGUAUCACACUGUCCGGCAGGGUCUUUUGAAGCGCAUCAGAGACAAGGAGCCAGCUGUGAGAGUCCAGGCAGUGCUCGGAUUAGGUCGAUUGGCCGGAAAUGAAGAAGAAGAUGAUGAAAAUGAUACUACAGCCCUUCUGGAAAAAUUAAUCGAGAUCAUGCAGAAUGAUACGAGCGCUGAAGUUCGAAAGACCCUCCUGACCAACUUACCUCUUGCGCAGAUCACUCUACCAUAUCUUCUUGAACGAGCCCGCGAUCUUGACCCAGCCACGCGACGAGCACUAUACUCACGCCUGCUUCCUACCUUGGGCGAUUUCCGACACCUAUCCCUAUCUAUGAGAGAAAAACUCCUUCGAUGGGGACUGCGCGAUCGAGAUGAGAGUGUUAGAAAGGCGACCGGAAAACUGUUCUUUGAUCGUUGGGUUGAGGAUUGCGCUGGCAAUAGUAAUGAGUCUGAAGAAGGUCCCGUUGGUCGAACCGCCCCAAACAUCCCAGCGCUCUUGGAGUUACUGGAGCGAAUUGAUGUAGUCAACUCCGGAAUGGAAUCUGGUAUUGCCCACGAGGCUAUGCGCAGCUUCUGGGAAGGUCGUGCGGAUUACCGGGAAGCUGUUGUUUUUGACGAGCCCUUCUGGGAAAAUCUUACAGGGGAGUCAGCAUUCCUCAUACGCUCUUUCAAUGAUUUCUGUCGCGUGGAACAUGAUGGGAAAUAUGACAGCCUCGUUGAGGAAAAGAUGCCUGAAGUGACUGCUCUCGCCUUUUUCCUGCAGAAAUACACCGCACUGCUCUUGGAGAGGAAGAAAAUCGCUAAAGAUACCAGCGAUGCAAACGACGAAGACUCCGUGGAACAUGAAUUUGUUGUCGAGCAGCUGCUACAUAUAGCUAUCACUCUCGACUACAGUGAUGAAGUUGGACGACGAAAGAUGUUUACUCUACUGCGAGAGUUCCUAGCUGUUCCAGAGCUACCUGAAGAAUGCACCAAGCUUACCAUUGAGACAUUGAGAUGUGUCUGUGGCCCGGACGCCGCAGCGGAAAGCGAAUUUUGUAGUGUCGUCCUGGAAGCCAUUGCCGAAGUCCACGACACUAUCACUACGGAGGACAGCUUCGUGUCCGCAAGAUCGGAGAUUAGUGACGACACAAGUAGCCGUCACCGGUCAGAGACCCCAGGAGAUGCCGAGUCCGAGGCCUCCUUUAACAAGGAAGAGGCCAAGGCCAAGAUUAUCAAGGAGAUCGUGGUGAACAUGAAGUGUUUGCACAUCGCUCUGUGCAUGUUGCAAAAUGUCGAGGGCAACUUGCAACAGAAUAUGAACUUGGUGACCAUGUUGAACAACCUUGUUGUCCCUGCUGUUCGCAGUCACGAAGCUCCCAUCAGAGAGCGGGGCUUGGAAUGUUUGGGGCUUUGUUGUUUACUGGACAAGACGCUAGCCGAAGAAAACAUGACCCUCUUUAUCCACUGUUAUAGCAAAGGACACGAGGCCUUGCAAGUGACCGCUCUGCAAAUCCUGUGUGAUAUGGUUACGACACAUCCUUCGCUUCUCACACCCGUAACCCAGUCCGAUGGGGAGACUGUGACGCCACCAAUCUUCCACAAACCGCUUUUGAAGGUUUUCGCAAGAUCACUCAAGGCCAGCUCCCCGAACACUGUGCAGUCUGCUGCUGCCAGUGCACUAUCGAAGCUGUUGCUUACCAACGCCUUUACACCUUCUGGAUCGAAAGUGCCUCCAGCUAUCGAAGAACUUAACCAGACUGCUGUUGAGACUUUGUUACAGUCCCUUGUGCAGUCCUUCUUCCACCCUCGCACCCGGGAGAACCCGGCCCUUAGACAAGCCUUGGCAUACUUUUUCCCUGUUUACUGCCACUCCCGGUUGGCCAACACCCAUCAUAUGCGCCGAGUGGCCGUGCCCGUCGUUCGGAACGUUAUGGACGCGGCAGAGGAGUACUAUUCUCUUGAGGCGGAAGAGGACAGUGACGGGGAAAUUGAUGAGACUGUCGGCCAGAAGGAACUCAAGGCUUUAAUGAGCGGUGUUCUAGGCAUGCUUUCCGAGUGGACUGAUGAGCGACGGGUCGUGGGGUUGGGCGGAGAAAGAGUCCUGGCAGGUGGCACAGCCAGCUCCAAUGCUUGUGGCUUUGUACAUCUGGCACUGGUGAGGGACAUCUUGGAACGGGUCCUGGGCAUCAGCAGUGCCAGCAACCGGUGCUCAAAGGAUGAGAAGAAGCUACUCUUUUCUCUCAUGAGUAAGCUGUAUAUCACAACCCCAACUGUUCCCGCACGAGCUGGAUCCCGGAACCCUGAAAGUGAGGAUCCGUUCCGAAAUAGUGUCCGAAGCGCCCAAGCUGUCGACAUUGAUCCGGAGAAUACUAGUCUUGCUCAGGAAGUGAAGGAGCUUCUGGACCAGGCUAUAGAGGAUGGCAUAGCUACUGAGGCCUCCAGCCGGAACGCCCUGGUAAAGGUGAAGAACGUGGUCCUUAAGCUCCUGGCGGUUGCUCGAGGCUCGCGACCUCCUAGCGUCAGACCACGCGAAGGAACCGAAGAGCCCGAGAGCGAUGCCAUGAGUGUUCGUUCUGGCAGCGUCAAGCCUUCGAUCGAGCAUAUCUCGAGUCGUCGUAUGGUGUCUGUGGAACCGAGCAUCAUGGAAGAAGAUGAAAAUGAGGACAGUCGGACGACGAUUAUUAAAACCGAAAUUCCCGAGGAAUCAGAACCUGAGGAGUAA